AUGAAGGAACUGCUGGAAACGGCACAGUCCCUCUGGAUGCAGUGCCUCGUAGAAGUCCACGACGAGGCCGAACUGGAAACGGCGGUUGAGGUGGGAGCCGAGAUCAUCGGCAUCAACAACCGCGACCUUCACACUUUCACCACCGACUUGGCUGUCACCCAGCGCCUGGCCCCAUUGGUUCCCCGCGGCAAGGUGCUGGUCAGCGAGAGCGGCAUAUUCACCCGCGACGACCUACGACUCCUCAGCCGUUCCCGCGUCAACGCGGUGCUCGUCGGCGAGGCCCUUGUCACCGCCCCCGACGUGGGCGCCAAGGUGCGUGAACUCACCGGCCAGCGCCAAACCGGCAGCGUCCUCUCAGGGUCCGGCAUGAUCCGGGUCAAGAUCUGCGGCAUUGGCACACCGGAGGACGCAUGCGUGGCUGCAGAGGCUGGGGCCGACUUCAUAGGCAUGGUCUUCGUCCCUGAGCGCCACCGUCGCAUAGCCCCUGACGCCGCGAAAGAAAUCGUCGCCGCCGUGCGCGAGCUGGACGGACCAUCCCCUCAAAUGGUCGGACUGUUUGCCGACCAGUCGCUGGAGGAAGUUAACGACACCGUCGCCCACUGUGGUCUCGAUGCCGUGCAGCUCUGCGGCAAAGAGAGCGUUGAAUACACCGCAGCCGUGGACUGUCAGGUCAUCAAAGUAGUUCACGUGCCAGCGUCCUACCGGGCACCCGACGACGUUCCGCAACUCGCUGAACGCGUUGCUCAAUAUGCCGACGACGGUUGCCUGGUAACGCUUGACCGGCUGGUGGAAGGCAUUCAGGGCGGCACCGGUCAGAGCUUUAACCUUGACGUGGCCGCAUCGCUGGCCCACCGCGGAGGUGACUUCCUGCUGGCCGGAGGACUCACCCCUGCCAACGUGGGACGGAUCAUCAGUGCCGUCCGGGCCCUGGGGUGUCGACGUAUCCAGCGGCAUCGAGACCCUUGGCAAGAAGGACCGCCGCAAAAUUCAGCGGUUCAUCAGCAACGCCAGAGAUACCGACGCCGCCCUCACCGGCUUGGUCUAGCCGCCAGAGGGAAAUCGGAAUACAACUAG